AUGUCUAAGUCGCGCCGAGAAACAGAGCGCGAGAAAGCAGGGAAGAAGAGCUUGGUGUUCAUCCAUCCGGAUCUGGGGAUAGGGGGAGCGGAAAGACUCGUCGUCGAUGCGGCGGUCGGCUGCCAGAAUUUGGGCUAUAAAGUUACAAUAUUCACCUCGCAUUGCGAUCCGAAACAUUCCUUUGACGAGGUACGACAACUUGAUGUCCGAGUCCGAGGUGACAGUAUAGUUCCCCCAUCAAUAUUAGGGGGGCGUUUCACCAUUCUAUGCGCGAUCCUGCGACAACUUCACCUCAUCCUCCAAAUCGCUCUUUUCACCAAUGAGUUAGCCUCUAUCCAGCCUGAUGCCUUCUUCAUCGACCAACUAAGCGCUUGUAUCCCUCUCUUGAAAUGGCUUCUUCCCCAACCAAAAGCCACAAUUCUCUUCUACUGCCACUUUCCAGACCAGCUACUGGUACAGCGUAAAAGCAUUAUCAAGCGACUAUAUCGCGCUCCAUUCGAUUGGCUCGAGAGCUGGUCAACUGGCUGUAGCGAUACCAUCGUUGUGAACAGCUAUUUUACGAAAAGUGUCUUCAAACAAGUUUUUCGAAAAUUGAAAGACCGAGACCCACAAGUGGUCUAUCCUUGUGUGGAUAUCAAUGCCUAUGCCCCCGAUCUCGAGGUUGCGGGAUUGCUGACAAAGCAAUGGAAAGACAAGAAGGUGCUUCUGAGCAUAAAUCGGUUCGAGCGGAAGAAAGGGGUCGAUCUAGCCAUAAGAGCUUACUCACAAUUGCCAAAGGCUCUGAGGAAAACGUCUCGACUCGUAAUUGCCGGGGGCUAUGACCCUCGUGUCGCAGAGAAUGUCGAGCACCAUCAUGAGCUUCUCACUCUCAGCGAGGACUUGGGUCUGAGUUGUAGCACGGAAACCACCGUCAGGGGUGCCAUUACAACCGAUGAGGACGUCAACGUGCUUUUCCUACUCUCUGUACCGGGUGAUUUUAAGUGGGUGUUGCUUAAGGUUGCCCGUCUCUUAGUCUACACUCCAAAGGAAGAGCAUUUUGGGAUUGUGCCGAUUGAGGCCAUGCUGGCACGAACCCCUGUCCUUGCUGCAAAUAGCGGAGGUCCGAUGGAGACGGUUGAAGAUGGGGGAUGGUUGAAAAAUCCCGAAGAUGUUGACGAAUGGGCAAAGGUCAUGUUUGGCGUCUUGACCAAGGAAGCAUCAUGGAUCAAUGCGAUUGGAGAGAAGGGACGCAAAAGAACAGAGAUGUUUAGUAGAGACAAAAUGGCCGACGCUCUCGCCAAGUAUCUCUAG